AUGUUCCGCUCGCAAUCGGACCAAUUUAUCAAGAAAUCCAGUGUCAAAGGUGCCCACGGAGGCUGGCGAUUGCCCGGAGCUAUUAAAGUUAACAACCCCAUUAGAAGAGCCACGCCCGUGGGCGCGCACAGAUUCAGGUGGGGCGAGCAGGACCAGCUGCAACACGCACAGGCGGCGUUCGAGUUCCACGCAGAGGACGCCGGCGCAGCGUCCGCCUACUUCCACAUUGUGGCGGACGGCGUGUCGUCCCCCUUUGGACGACAGUCGCUCGCUAAUUACGACGGAGCACCCGUGUCGUCUGCUAUUCUGUCCGCGGAGGUGGUGAGGUGUGUCCAGGUGAUGCUGGAGGAGCUGACCAACCACAACAGAGAGCCGCUGGACCAGGCGGCGUUCGAGAGCGCGGUGGUGGACGCUAUCAAGACGGCGAGGAUCAACUGCUUCCAGUACAGGAAGUCGAGGCUGGCCACGACCCUUGCAGUGUCGUACUUUAACCGGUGGACGGGGAAGCUGAUGACGUUCUCGCUCGGAGAUUGCAAGUGCUUGGUGGUGAGGAACGGCAAUGUCGUCUACGAGACGCUGGCGGUGCUGCGCGAGUUCAACGUGCCGACGGUCGUGAACUUGCGGGAACAGGUGGUGCCCAAGGACUACGUGGUGCAGAGCUUUGGUCUGCAGGAGGGGGACGUGUGUCUUACGUUCUCGGAUGGUCUGGGAGAUAAUGUCUACAAGGACGACAUCACGGCUGCACUCGCGGCGCCGGAGCUGUGGGACUCGAAGGGCACAGGACUGCAGAGCGUGUGUGACCAGCUUGUGAAUUUGUCAAAGGUGCACGAGAAUAUUGAUAAUGGCGCUACUACUGAACGUCAGUUGUAUCCGUUCGCUACGGCGGCGGCUCUGGAAUACCGUGAACGCACACUGGAAGAGACCAAGCUGGCUGAAGGUGCUCCGUUGGACGCUAGCGGUGUGGACCAUUUAGAAGUCGCACGCGAGCUUAUGGAGCGACACAAGGGCAGGAAGACUCUCGACCGGCACCUGAUGCUGCGCAGACCGUCGCGCAAGCACCACUACUCGCUCAUGCAGCUCAAGCUCAUGGCCGAGAUGCAGACGAAGAAGCCGGACGACAUCACGCUCUUCAUGACGCGUUUUGUGUAA